UGUUUUUGCUCCGACCCGGAGACGAGUUGCAAUAGUCGAGUGAAGGUGACAGCAUUGGACAAAUCAGGCAACAUCCUACUCGUAUGAGAAUGAGUUGGCCACAUGCUGAACUCGAAGUCCAUCCUAGUGAGAGUUAGCUUUAAGUCUGAAGAUAUUUGCUGGAACUCAUCAUCACCAUGACCAAAUCCUUGCAUACAGUCUGUGCCAGUUUCAGAAAUAUUUCCGGUGUUACCAACAUAUUUUCUUUUAAUCAAACAUAUUUAGGUCAUGAAAGGCAUGUUACCAUCAAGAACCUAAUCAACACUUUUGUACCAGUUAAUUGGCACAGGGUGCAUAGAGGUGACAUCAUUUGGUAUCACCGAAACCACAGUAUUCCUAUCAACACGGUAGAAGUUGUUCAUGGACACAGACAUGAAGAGUUGACCAAAUAUCAUAUCCGAUACUUCAGCACUGCAUCAGCUUCAUCAGAAGAAUAUGACAACAUGGACUGGGAGAAAAAGGUAGAUUACAGAAGAUUAUCUCCCAAGGAACAGAAAAUUCAUGACUGCCACAAGAGAGCUGUAAUGGAGCAAGAAGAGCUUUACCAAGACCCUUAUGCUGACAAAUGGGUGAUGACCCGGUACGCCCACCUAAAGAGAGGCAAAUGUUGUGGCAGUGCAUGCCGACAUUGUCCCUAUCAACAUAGAAAGGUUACUGAUGAUACCAAAGAGAUGAUAUGUAAUUCGGCGUUCUAUGUCAAAAGGGGAGAUUUUCAAGAUACGUGAUAACCAGUGCUUAAGGUGAAUGGUUUUCUUCUUGACAGAAAUUGUGAUACUUGUGCUGAAGAUACGAAUAUCCAUAACUGUGAUAAUUGUAUAUAUGACUAAAUAUUUGCCAAUGCACCAUGUCAUUUGAAAUGGUUAUUUUUCAUGAUGUGUUACUUUUAUGUAACAAGAUUUGAGGUUACUGCUUUUUGACUUUAUAUAUCAGAAAUAAUUUUACUACUUCGAAGAUGUGUCAUUGCCUCUCUAGUCUUUUUGUUGAAUGUGAGUCCGAAGUUUUUGUUGUAACUAUAGUGCAGUAUAUUUUUUAGUAUAAUAAAACCAGACAAUAAAAAGCCAAAAAAGAGGAUGUCCAUGUUUAAAUGUUUUAUUUUGUACUUUUGCUAUAAAUUGCUGAUGAUUGUUAGCUCACAAGGAAAUGACAGGCCAGGGAAUGUCCAUGACAGCAAAUGGUCACUAAAAAAUAAAUUAAAUCGUUAUGCCUUUGAUGGGAAUGAUCGUCCUGAGGAAUGUUGUUGAACAUAGAACUGACCAGAAUGAA